CUUCCUCCGGCCGCCCGCUCUCACUUCCUUCUCGAGCCCGGAGCCGCUGCCGCCGCCCCCAGCUCCCCCGCGGCGGGGAGGGCACCAGGUCACUGUAUCCACACCAGCCCAGAAGGGGAAGGAGGCAUUGCCUCCACUGCAGCAGCCACGCCCACUAUGCAGAGCAUCAAGUGUGUGGUGGUGGGUGAUGGGGCUGUGGGCAAGACAUGCCUGCUCAUCUGCUACACAACUAAUGCCUUCCCCAAAGAAUAUAUCCCCACGGUGUUCGACAAUUAUAGUGCCCAGAGCGCAGUUGAUGGGCGCACAGUGAACCUGAACCUGUGGGACACAGCGGGCCAGGAGGAGUAUGACCGCCUCCGCACACUCUCCUACCCUCAGACAAAUGUCUUUGUCAUCUGUUUCUCCAUUGCCAGUCCACCUUCCUUUGAGAAUGUGCGACAUAAGUGGCAUCCAGAGGUAUGCCACCACUGCCCAGAUGUGCCCAUCCUCCUAGUGGGCACCAAGAAGGACCUGAGAGCCCAGCCUGAAACCCUACGGCGCCUCAAGGAGCAGGGCCAGGUGCCCAUCACACCGCAACAAGGCCAGGCACUGGCCAAGCAGAUCCAUGCUGUGCGCUACCUCGAGUGCUCAGCCCUGCAGCAGGACGGCGUCAAGGAAGUGUUUGCUGAGGCUGUCCGGGCUGUGCUUAACCCCAUGCCAGUGAAGCGCGGGCGGUCCUGUGUCCUCUUGUGACCCAGGCACGCAGCUUGGAGGCUGCCCCGCCCCCCCACCAGUUGUGCCUUGGCGCCUUGUCUGCCCCCAGCUGUGCCUUAAGGACUAAUUCUGGCACCUCUUGCCAGGGAGUUCUCUGAAUACCUAUUUCUCCUUAUAGAGGCCCAUAGGGAAAGGGUCUUUGUGCCCAGUCCCACUCUGCUUGGGAGAACACCAGGCAUUCUUGAGAGCUAACCCAGGCCGAGGUUGGGCCCUUCCCCAAGAAGCCAACCAAGUGCCCCAUCCCAUUUUCCUCUACUGACCAGUUGAUCCAGCUUUCUAUACCAAUGUUGCUGCCUAUCGUGGUGCCUUCUCAGGUUAGGAGCUCUCAGCUAUCCCUAACCUCUCCCUCGCUGCUCUCUGAAUUGCUCUUCCCUCCAGAUGUUCUCUCCCUUCCCCAAAGAAGGAGCCACAGAAUCCUCAGAAGAUGAAUGUGCCCUAACAUACCCCCAUGUGUCCAGGCCUAAUGCAUCUGCUGACUGACUCAGCCCCCUGCCCCCUUGGGCUCCUGAGGGCCUUUCCUACCCCCAUCAGCAUCAAUAAAACCUCCUGUCUCCAGUG